UUUGAACCAAUGUGAAUCUGUGAGACUUUCAUUGUGGUGUCUGACAUUAAUGGACACUUAUCUUCAUUCUUUUUAAAAUUGUAAAACAAAUGAAAUAUGGGUGCUAUAAAGAUUAUAAAUUGGGCAAAGAGAAUGAGGAAAAGAGUGAACAGUUUUAAAAGAAGUUCGAGCAUUCUGCCAAUGGAGCCAAAGUCAAAUAUCAUCUCAAAGAGGAAAUCAAGUCUAAAACUGAAUACAUCUCAAAAGCAAGAACAGACAAUGCACAAGAGUGGGUUAUCAAAGAGAACAGACUCUGUUCUAGAGCUCAGCCAAGAUAUUGAAGAGUUAGAUUGCAAAAGUUUUAAAGAUCUCAAUAUGUCAGACAUUUUCGCUGAUGAUGAAUUAUCCGAAGAUUCAUACACACCUGAAAUUAAAAUGGAGUCCAUGAGAAACUGUAGAAAUUUCUCGACAGAUUUUGGUUCAAUUCUUCAGAGUUUUGAAUCCACGCUCUUGGAUUAUUCUGGUGAAUUUGAUUCGAGAACAAUUUCUAUGAGUCUUUCGAGUUUGACAUCAAAUACCAAUUGUCAGUUUAUUGAUAUUUCUAGAUCAAAACAAUGUUAUCAUGUCCUAAAUCAACAAGAUGAAGAGAGUACAAGGACUAUGCCCUCUUUACGUCCAGUUUGCAUUGUUCUUCCACAGAAAUACAUAAAUCCUAAGCAAUUUACCCAAAACAAAUAUCACAGUCCCUCUAUAAUAUCUAGAAGUCAUCCCCUUAGUGACAUUUCAUUUGAUUGUAUUGCUUUGGAGUCAUCGCCUCAAAACAAAUCGACGAAAACAGAGAUAAAGUGUCAUAAGUACUUGUUACUAGAGAGAGGGCCUAUUCUGAUUUGUCGAACUCUUCCAGAUAAAGAGCUUGAGAAUGACUUUUGCACUCAGACAUCGAAGCCUCAAAAGAAGAAUAAAGGUUCGAAUUUUGGUAAUGGCUUUCCAAAAAUGGAAAGCAUUAAUGGAUGUUCCUCUUUGUCACAGACUAAAUGCUAUAUGGUGUUAGAAAUGGGUCCAGUUCUUACCUGUCCAAAAAUGUUUGUAAGGAAGCCUUUUUCAAACCAUGAAACUUUGCCAUCUGAAUUGAAUAAUGAUUUCACGAUGUCCGCUAGCGAUGGAGGACUUUACAACAGAACAAAACGUAAAAAAUAUAAAAUAGAAAAGAGCAAAACUAGUCUUCCUGCAUCUCCUGAAAAGUUAGAAAAGAUGCUGAAGAAAUUUCUUCUAACCUUUGGAAAGUUAACAUCACCAGACAAAUCCUCUUCAUCAGAUUUAUCACAGGCUGACCUAUUGUCUUUAUCCGAUAGAUUCUUGAGCAAUCUGACAUCAAAUUCUACGUUAGAAACUUUUCCUAAAAAGUCACUUCAGUUGAUUCGCAAAAUUCUAUACUACAGUAACCACGUCCCUUCAAUACAAGAGUUAGUUUUUGCAUAUCCGUUACACAGAAUAAAUAUUACUGAAAGUGAAUCUGAGGAAGCUCUUGGAGACCCUAUGCGUUUUGAAUGGCAGAGGAUAAGAAGCUUUCAUUCAUAUCCGACAUCUGAUUUAGGGGUUUCUAUUCUUCACUUAGCUCAGAAUGGAUUUUAUUAUACUGGUAGAGGUUCUGAGACGACUUGUUUCUAUUGCAAAUGUAAAUACAGUGAUUGGCGGCUUGAUUCUGACGUACGUCGCACACACCUUCAGUUAUCUCCAGAAUGUCCUGUGGCUAUUGGAAGGGAGAGUAGUAAUGUUCCUAUUCAUCCAGCAAGAAGAAGGGAAAAUGAACCGCAACAAGUCGAUCCAUUUUUCGGAAUAGAUCGUUUAGAAGAAAACAUUGCAGAAGAUGGCGGUGAAUCAAGAGCGAGGGUAACGCAACAUUCACCCGUUCAGAAUAAUUCGGUAAACAAUCAUUCAAACCAUGGAAGUUCUUUACCACAAGUUAGGGAUGGCAAUGAUGUAGACAAUGCAAGUUCCAUCUUACGGGAAAUCGAGGGCGUUCGGUUAAGUGGGCAGGGGGACAGACAAAGGGCUGAAAAUUUCAGUAUCAGCCCUGAAGGCUUUUCGUCAACAUCGCUGGAUGCAUCAAACGAACAAGUCAAAAAACAGAGGAAAAAUAAUGAAUCCCAAAAUCAGCGACUUGUAAAUUCUCCUCGUGAAGGAAGAUUAAACACAUCAAGUAAUACAGAAACACAGCGCUCCUCAACCAGUACUGCACAAGCAUAUAAACAAAAACUUUCAUCUCAAUUAGACCCGCUAGGAAUUGUAUGGGAAAAGCCAAAGUUUCCUCCUUAUGCCAUUUUAAGCAAAAGGAUAUCCUCCUUUGAAGGAUGGUCAAAGGACAUACCACAAUCACCUACAGAGCUGUCCAAGGCUGGAUAUUUUUAUGUUGGUGUAAGCGAUUAUGUGCGGUGUUUCUUUUGUGGUGGCGGACUGAGGAACUGGGAGAGGAGUGAUGUUCCUUGGGAAGAACAUGCUAAGUGGUUCCCACGGUGUGCUUUUUUAAGAAAUGUUAAAGGAGAGGAGUACGUCUCUCUUGUACAGCGUAAUUCCCAGACUGAUGAUUUUGCUCAAGCGACUGAGUCAGAAGUCCCAGGAGCAGAUCAAAACCACUUAAUCUUUGAAAUUCUUGAGGAAGAGGGAUAUCCCAGAGACAGAAUCCAGUCUGCCAUUAAUGCAUGGAAGCAAAGGCGAGAUAGGGUUGGUUUCAAAUUACCGAUGAAGGCCGAGGACUUGGUUGACAUUCUGGAAGAAGAUAGUGAAAGUCCUGAGAAUACAUGUACUUCAUUAUCACAAAAACCAGAGGAACUUCAAACACUCCAGACAGAGUUCUCGUUCCUGCAGUCCACAUUGCUGUGUAAGGUCUGUUUUAAACAGGAAGUAGGAAUGGCUUUUCUACCCUGCGGCCAUCUUGUCUGCUGCAAGGAAUGUGCACCAGCUGUUAGGAAGUGCAUCCUUUGUGAUGUCAUUAUAAAGGGAACCGUCAAGACCUACUUUUCUUAAAAGUCAUAAGACAUUACUAGUUUCAACAUAGACAUAAAUAACUAUGUUAUUUAUGUCCCUGGUUUCAGAAGAAUUAGUCCAAGACAAAAUUAGACCAACUGCACCAUUACUUCCACACUCCAAAAGGGGACACAGACCAAUUCAAAAAUCAUAUGCAAACAGCUUUUUUGAUCUUGUGUGCCUCAGCAACAGAACAAAGCAAAAAGCAAAUGCAGCAUUUUGUUCAUGCCUGCCUUAGCUACAUUUAUUUGUCCUGAUACUGGUUUUCAUUGCAAAUUAUACACAAAAUGAUAUAAACAAUUGUUCUCCAAGAUUUGAUUUUAUUGUAUGUGUAAGAGAAAAAUAAUUCCAGUGUUCAAUUUUGCUUCAUUUGUACUCUCAACUGCUCAAAGAAGAAACUGCAUGAAAAUUUUAGUCAUUAUGCACAUGCAGGGACAUGUACACAAGUCCCUGAUACAUCUUAGAGUCAUACUUAACAUCUGCGAAAAUUUAAAUACCAAUGAAAAAAAUUGAGCAUUGUGAUGACCUAUAUAAUUUGCAUAUGAUCUCAAUUUUCUACUUUAUAAUUUCAUGAAACUGUGUUGAAUGUUAUCAUUAUGGGAACAUGCAGUUUUCAUGGAUUACAUUAUAUUGCUAUAUUUAAAUGUUAAAUAAUGUGAUUUGGGAUAUGUGGUAUUUUACUGCUUAAAUAUGCUUUGUUUACACAGGUAUCAUACAUAUCAUAUGAUCUUGGUUUGAAAAUAUACAGGGAAAUUAGAAAUAAAUACCCAAAAAUACUUAUGCCUGAACCAGCAUAAUAACAUGGAGCAAUACACUGUAUAUGUAUUGAAUGUUUUAAUAUCAAUA